CAAUGAAUCUGCUUUCCUCAUCCUGUUGGAAUAUCUCUGCUGAAAUUUUGAACAAAUCUUUGGGUAAAGAGUUUGCUUAUCAGACCCCUAGCAUUGUAGAUACAGUCAUCCUCCCUUCUAUGAUUGGGAUUAUCUGUUCGACAGGGUUGGUUGGCAACAUCCUCAUUGUAGUCACUAUAAUAAGGUCAAGAAAAAAAACAAUUCCUGACAUUUAUAUCUGCAACCUUGCUGUGGCCGACUUAGUCCACAUCACUGGAAUGCCUUUUAUUAUCCACCAAUGGGCCAGAGGUGGAGAGUGGGUGUUUGGAGGGCCUCUCUGUACCAUCAUCACAUCCCUGGAUACAUGCAACCAGUUCGCCUGUAGUGCCAUCAUGACUGUGAUGAGUGUAGACAGGUACUUGGCUCUCGUCCAGCCAUUUCGACUAAGGAGUUGGAGAACUAGGUACAGGACCAUCUGCAUCAAUUUGGGGCUCUGGGCAGCUUCUUUUAUCCUGGCAUGGCCUGUCUGGGUCUACUCAAAGGUCAUCACAUUUAAAGACGGCAUCGAGAGCUGUGCUUUUGAUUUAACAUCCCCUGAAGAUGUACUCUGGUAUACACUGUAUUUGACAAUAUCAACUUUCUUUUUCCCUUUACCUUUGAUUUUGGUGUGCUAUAUAUUAAUUUUAUGCUAUACUUGGGAGAUGUAUCAGCAAAACAAGGAUGCUGGAUGUUACAAUCCCAGGAUUCCAAGGCAGAGAGUUGUGAAGCUGACGAAGAUGGUAUUGGUGCUGGUGGCAGUAUUUAUUCUAAGUACGGCUCCCUAUCACGUGAUACAACUGGUGAACCUGGAGAUAGAGCAGCCCACACUGGCCUUCUAUGUCGGCUAUUACCUCUCCAUUUGUCUUAGCUAUACCAGCAGCAGUAUUAACCCUUUCCUCUACAUCCUGCUGAGUGGAAAUUUCCGAAAACGUAUACCUCAAAUUCAAAGAAAGGUGACCGAGAAGAAUAUCCACAAUAUGGAAAACACCCUGAAAUCAAGCUUUUAGA